AGCCAGACAAGAGAGAGAGGGAGAGAGGUUGACUCUUUUAUGUUCUGACCUAGCUUCUGUAGUUUUUGGCUUAUUUUUUUAUUUUUUUUUCCUAUUUGACUUGGUCGUGCGGGAAGCGCGCGCGUCUCUGGAGAGAAGCGAUGCGCUUCCUGCCAGCGCAGUCUCGGGACCAGACCAACAUUUAGUCAAGCUGUGUUGGGCUAUGCUGUGCUGGGGCUGGUAGACUAUACAAGUCGAUCUAGAGACGGGAUAGGAGCUAGAACAAGACUUGAAGAGCCGGCGUCUGGUCAGCAUCAUCAAGCUGCUGCUGCUGCUGUUGCUGUUGCUGCUGCUGCUGCUCCUCCUGUUGUGUGUCAGCUCGUUCUCUCUGCUCUCGUCCCCCCGGACGCGACCAUUUGGCCUUUUUCGAUUUAUUUUUCUUUUUCUUAUCUCCUUUUAUUCACACGAGAGAGAGAGAAAGAGAGAAAGAGUUAAUACGUUAGCUGGACUAGGACUAGUAGUGUUUGAAGCUUCUUGAGCCGUCGGUGGAUUGUGUUGUCGCUGGCCCAUUGUCCGCUCUCUCUCUCGCUCACGUCGUCGCCUCGUUAUCAACAAGUGGCCCCUCUCAAGUCUCUUUUCAACGACCACCGCCGCCGUUUAUUUUAUUUUUUUAUUAUUAUUAUUUUGAUUUGGCUCAAGUUUGGUCGAUCAGCGCCCAACGCUGCUGAGUGGCCACCGUCUUUGCCAUUUGAUUAUUGGCCGGGGGAAAAGAAAAGACAACUACCCUCGCCACCCCCUCGAAAAAGAAUUAUCGGCAGACCGAUUCCGGAAUAAGGACAGCAAUGCAUGAAUUGGCGGCCCUGCUCGACCGUUUGGAAAGCGAUUGCUUGGAAGCGUCGUUGACAUCAGACACGGAACUCAAAGGAGAGGAAUGUCCCCGCAUCUGGGAUGGCCUUUUGUGCUGGCCACCAACACCGGCCAACGUCACGAGUCAUCUGGCCUGUCCGGGCUACGUCGACGGCUUUGACGUCCUGGCUUUGGCGACUCGGCACUGCACGGAAGAAGCGACGUGGUACUUUAACCUCCAAGAAAAUAGAACUUGGACCAAUUACUCAUCUUGCGGACUGUCUCGGCACUCGCCAUUCAAUACGACGCUCUUCGAGACUUGGCUGCCAAUCAUCAGGAGGAUAUCGCAGGUCGGUUACGGCGUUUCCCUCGGCACCUUGCUCAUCGCCCUCUGCAUUUUAGCGUCGUUCAAGAAGCUCUACUGUCCUCGCAACACUCUCCACAUGCAUCUGUUCAUCUCUUUCAUCAUGAGGGCCUUCAUGGCCCUCCUCAGAGAUAACCUCUUUGUCGACGGACUGGAUAGCUUGGCCUUGUCAACCGACGAGGCCCUGGUCGAAGCCGCCAGCGACGGCGUCCUUCAUCAGUAUCCCGGCACGAGCGGCUGGGAGUGCAAAUUAGUGACGAGCUUGUGGCAGUAUUUCAUCAUGGCCAAUUACUCUUGGAUAUUGAUGGAAGGCCUCUACUUGCACAAUUUAAUUUUCCUGGCGCUUUUCACCGACUCGAGUGCCAUCACCAUUUACAUCAUCCUCGGAUGGGGAUUACCCUUCAUAUUCGUCUCGUCGUGGGUUGUCAUGCGCAUCAUCUUUGAAAAUCUCCUUUGCUGGACGACGAACGAGAACAAAAUCAUAUUUUGGUUGCUCAUCCGGGGUCCUAUCACAGCUUCUAUUUUGGUCAAUUUGAUUUUCUUUCUGCACAUUGCUUGGGUGCUCCUGUCAAAGUUAAGAUCGUCCGUUUCUGCAGAGACACGCAAGUACAGGUACAGGAAAUGGGCAAAGUCGACGCUGGUGCUGGUGCCUCUCUUCGGAGUUCAUUACACCGUCUAUUGCAUCAUGCACGGAGCCGACGGACUCGGCGAAGCCGUCGAAGUGGCCCUACUCGUCUCUGACCAACUUUUCGCUUCGUUUCAAGGAUUUUUGGUGGCCCUCCUCUACUGCCUGAUGAACGGCGAGGUGCGAGGCGAACUUUCCCGUCGCUGGAAGCGAUUCCGUCAAAAUCACAAUUUGGACUCGCCCUGGUCGCAGUACAGCAUCACCAACAACUCGAGGAUUCUUCAUUUGAAUGGAUGCAGGACAAACACGACGCGCGGGUGGCGGACGUCGUUUCACUCGAUUCAGAUCACGUCGACGGGCGGCGACCGGCGCGACUACAGACUCCGCUCUCUCACCCCGCCCUUUAUAGCGUGUUACAAUAGCAAUCCCAACAACUCUGCCACCAGCUACGACUCUGGCACGCGAUCCACUUCCAUUACCGGCUCUCUCCAUCAAUCAGUCAGCAACAACAGCAGCACGGCGGCCGGCCUGACACGGACGUGCUGUUCAAAGCCAAUCACCAUUGCAAAUCGUCUGGAGAAGAUCGUUAGCGAGAGCGAAGAAUCCGAGCAUUUGGAUAUCCGGACUCAUCAAGACCAUGACGAAGCGAUAUCUUUAGCCGAUUUGACCAUCAAACCUCUCAAGGCUAUAUCUAAAACUUCUUUGUAAUCCGGAAAAAAAGGAUUAUCCAGUUACCUGUGAAAAAAACCCACAACAUUAUCACGAUAUCCAUUCCAAGUGUCGUAAAAAGAAACCAACAUAAAUGUACCUAUAUAUAUAUAUAUAAUUAUAUAUACAUCCAUUCAAGCAGUCACAUAUCCUUCUAUGUGUAUACGAUACUGUUCUUGGUGGAAGAAAAGUCAACCCGAUUUACGACGUCCUUUUUUCUUUCUUGUUUGACAGUUGUAAAUAUUAUGUAAGACCUCCCCAUCGUUCUUGGAAAACUGUGCAUCGUCUAUAUACGGUUAUAUGCUGCUGUGUUUCACUACACACAUACCGGUGAGCUAUAUGUCACGUGUAACCCUUGAUGAAAAUGUGAUUUCUGCUUUUAAACGUUUAUACUCUCGAUGGAAGUCUGCACGGCUCAAUUGGUUAGAGCGUUUUCACGCUCUUUGCGGUCGAAAUUGAACGUGACCCGUCUGUCAGACUGUCACACAUUUUAUAUAAUACCUUUUUUACUCGCCCACUUGAGUCUUGUCGCGAGCCGCUAGGUGGUUCUUACGAGUAUCCUGCGUAGAACCCCUAGCGGCUGUCCCAGUUUCCGUGCAGGAUACUGUACACCAGAAUUUGUAUAGUAGUAAGUAGCCUAAUACCUGUCUGGGGCACGUCAAACUGAUGCCCGCUCAUGACACGACAUCACUGCGGUAUCCAAAUUUAAUCUGGAAAUGGAAGGCGUACAGCCAUAUUUUGCAUUCAAUGCUGUGUGUCUGUGUGAUAGGACCCAAGGAAAAGGCACCUGACGUCUCACGACACGGGACAAAAAUUGAAGUCUGACGUCCAUCAAUCUAUGGUCCGUCUAUCGACGUGAAGGAAAUGAAGUCUUAUCUUGGUGAUGCAGGCCAGCAACUAAUGACACGGCUAGGUUUUUAUUUAUAUUUUUAUUUCAAUCUAUUGUCCUUAAUUAAAGUUGUUUUCGGUGGGAGAGACUAUCAAUCGCCAACCGAACGUUGGUGUAGGUCGGACAGUCUUCUCGGUUGUUUUGUCCGCAUUUACAGAGUCAAAAAGUACAAAAUAUUGCUUUCAAGUUUCAAGAAAAAGUUUUCUAAAAUGAACUGUGGAAGACUAUAUGUGGUAAUGAAAAACAAUUGGUAUGCAUACAUAUUGAAAAAAUCAAAGACGAUUGUCAAUUCUUGCUACAAUUUCGAUAUGAAUUGAUCCAGGUGAUGCCUAAUCGUACCGUUAGUAGAUUACCGCGUGUAGUAAGCCGUAAGCUAAUUUAUGGGAAUACUUUCAUGAUUAAAACAUGACCAAUCAACUUUUUUUUCUUCGAAUAUGAUCAGCUACCGCCUAAUCUUAAAUGUAAUCGCAAACUGGCAUCUUCGCUGGUUCAUUUUAUCUCACAAUUAAAAAUCGUGACCGUCUAUUCUCGCGCAUUUACCCAACUAUGUAUUUCGAAGAAAUGUAAAUACAAAAAUGGGUAAUU